AUGGCGCCCGCGGCGGCGCUGGUGGCGAUGAUGAUCGCGGCGGCGCUGCAGACGGCCACGCGGCGGUGCUGGACGACGGCGUGGGCAGACGAAACGGCGGCGGCGCUGGUGAUGGAGGCGGCGGUUCAGCCUGAUUCUUUUGAUGGCAAAAACUUCUUGAUGUGGAAAGCUAAGAUGGAAUUGUGGCUAACUGCUAUGUCAUGUUAUCAUGGCGCUGAGGGCAAGCCUGCUAACUUGUCUCCUGAGGAUGAGGCUAAGUUUAAGGCUAAUGACAACCUCUUUCGAGGUGCAGUGAUUAGCACACUUGAUCCAAAGUUCCAGAAAAGCUACAUAAUUCUUCCAAGCGGGAAAGAAUUAUGGGAUGCUCUUGUGGGAAAGUUUAGAGUUACUGAUGCCGGUAGUGAGUUGUACCUCAUGGAGCAACUGUAUGACUACAAGAUGGUUGAGAACGGAUCUGUAGUGGAACAGGCUCAUGAGAUUCAGGCACUAGCUAAGGAGCUCGAACUAUUUCCUUGUCCUCUUCGUGACAAGUUUGUGGCUAACGGUAUAAUCGCCAAGCUUCCACCUUCUUGGAAGGACUUUGGCACAUCUCUAAAACAUAAGAGACAAGAGUUCAAUGUUGAGGAGCUCAUUGGUAUUCUUGAUGUUGAAGAGAGUACUAGAGCUAAGGACAGUGGAAAUGAUGUUGAGACCUCAAUUGUCAAUAUGGUGCAGAAGAGGAACUUCCACAAGAAGAAAAACCAGAAAAAGAAAGAGAAAGUUCCUAAGCCAAUUCAGACCACACAGUUCAAGAAAAAGAACAAUAACAAGAAGGGAGGCUGCUUUGUGUGUGGCAGUGAGGAUCAUUGGGCAAGUGAGUGCUCUGAUCGUAAGUUUCAGCAAGAAAGGAAGUCAGCAAAUAUUGUUACUACUGAUACAACUAGUGGAACAUCUAGGUAUGGUCGGGAGGUCUGA